AUGGAAUUGCCACUACGCUUUCAUAGGCAGAUACUCCGUCAGCUGAUACCUCAAGGGAUUGGUGAGAAUUCUGGCCUAUUGAUCCUCGGACCCGGAUUGGGUUUACGCAAGAUCGUCGCUUCUUUCCUUGCUUUGCAGUCAGAUCCACGUAGACUUGUACUGAUAAUAAAUGCUGAUCCCCAGGAAGAAGACGGUAUCGGCGAUUUACUCAGUUUGAUGGGCGUCGCUAGACCAGGAUUACGAGUAGUCAAUUUUGAUAUAGGCAGCUCCCAGAGAGAGGAGUUAUACAAAGGCGGCGGAUUAGUGUCAGUGACCUCUCAGAUUCUCGUCGUCGAUAUGCUCAAUGGCGUCGUGCCCGUUGAACUGAUUUCUGGGAUUGUGGAAUAUUCAACAGAAGCCUUUAUCACAAACAUUUAUCGUGAUAAUAACAAGGAUGGCUUCUUGAAGGCUUUUUCAGAUGAUCCCGUACAAUUCAACACCGGAGUCACUCCCCUCCAGACAGUCUUAAGGUCUCUUAAGAUAAGGAAAGUAUGGAUAUGGCCUCGCUUUCACGAAACUGUCCAACAAGACCUCGAGAAACGCAAAGCAGAUGUCGUUGAGUUAUACCCCUCCAUGACCAAAAGUAUGCUGGAUUUGCAGCAUUCGAUAUUACAAUGUAUGGAUGCUACAGUACAAGAAAUUAAGAAGAGCAAUGUUUCAUAUCUGGAUAUUGACGAUUUUACCGUCGAUAACGCCCUAUUCAAGAGCUUUGACAAGAUCAUCAGGAUGCAACUUUUACCUGUCUGGCAUCUGAUCAGACCUAAAACGAAGGGCAUGAUUGAAGAUCUAAGAACCUUAAGAAAUCUGCUCACUUACCUCCUCAACUACUCCUGUGUCGAAUUGCAAGAGUUUCUUGAAUCUAUUUAUCAAUCUAAUUUAGAAGAUUACAAAAAUUCUAGUAUGGCUAAUAAAACACCAUCUCCUUGGCUUUAUCUUGAUGCUGCUGAUACCAUAUUCAAUACAGCCAAGGGGCGGACGUAUAAGGUGGUCGAUGGUGACAGCAAUAAGAACAAACACAGGUCAUGGUUACCCCCAAAUAUUGUACCAAUCUUGGAAGAACAACCCAAAUGGAGUGUGUUAACGGAGGUAUUAGCGGAAAUAGACAACAACAUUCAUUUCAAUUCCACAAAUAAAUCAAAAGACGAACGGAACAUGACAUUGAUCAUGUGUGCAUCAAAUAAAGUUGCUAUACAGUUGUCUGAAUAUCUCGAUCAAUGCGAAGAUGACAAUAAUAAGUUACAAACAAGUAAAAGAGCGCCUAAGAUGAUGAAAAGACUGCUCAGAGACCAUCUUGAGAUGUUUAAAGCUAACAUAAUUAAUAUGUCUACCAACAUGAAGUCAGAUGUUCAGCAACCAAACGUUUCGAAUAAAGCUAACAAUCCGACUAAUUCAGAGCAAGAAAUGUCUGCUGCCCUACAACGGAAGGAGCAAUUUAGGAGGAAUGAGGGAGCCACUGCUUAUGGUCAUAAUAGGCGAAGAGUACGAGGUGGUUCUGUCAUGGCUUCUGUCGCAUCUAAUAGGAAGUCAUACAACACUAUUGACCCUAAUACAGUAUCACCAUUAGAAGCUGAAGCCCGUCAGAUAGCACAGUUUAAAUCACAGCGAUCUACGCAGAAGAACAAAGAGAAAGAGGUGAUUGAGAUCUCAGAUGACAGUGAUGAUGAAGAUGAACGUCUAUUCGAUAAUACUCCCCAAUUUCUGCUUACUGGAGACCCAAAUGACGUGUUUUAUAACGAUGAAUACUUUGGUUUGAUGGAGGAAGAUGAGACGAUACUUAUAAGAGCUUAUAGAGAUGAUGAUGAUGAUACUUUACUCAACGAGAUUAGACCGAAGUAUAUCAUCAUGUACGAUCCUAAUGCUGCCUUUGUCAGGCGGGUCGAGCUUUACAAAUCCUCAAAUCCACAGAUAGAUAUAAGGAUGUACUUCCUGAUGUACAAUGCAUCUGUGGAAGAGCAGACUUAUUUGUCAGGACUACGUAAAGAGAAAGAUGCAUUCGAGAGACUUAUUAGAGAGAAAUCGACAAUGCUUAUGCCGCUUCUUGAGAAAGAAUCUAGUCGUGCCGGCACCGAUCAUUAUCUGAGCGCUCUUUCCGCACGUGUUGCUGGUGGACAAGUUAUUACAGGUGACACGAAACCCAAGAUCAUUGUAGAUAACAGAGAGUUUAGGUCAUCACUUCCUGGUAUACUCUACAGAUCCAAAUUCGAAGUCAUACCCGUCACUCUAACCGUUGGUGAUUAUGUUUUAGAUCCGACGAUGUGUGUCGAAAGAAAGAGCUUGACAGAUCUGAAUCAAUCAUUCCAAUCUGGUAGAUUGUUCACGCAAUGUGAAUAUAUGAGCACUUAUUAUAAGACACCGAUACUUUUGAUAGAGUUUGAAGAGAACAAGUCGUUUACGUUGGAAACAAUUUCGGAAUCAAAGAAAGUCAUACCCCAUAUGAAUACAAAGAAACCUUCUAUUACUGGUACCAGCCCGACGGAGAUAUUUCAAUCGAGACUCGUAAUGUUGACUAUAUCGUUCCCAAGAUUGCGUAUACUGUGGUCUUCAUCGCCUAGACAGACCGCUGAGAUGUUUGCAGAUCUCAAAUACCAAAGAGAGGAACCAGAUCGCGACAAAGCAGUCAGCAUAGGGCAAGAUGAAGUUGGACAGCAGGAUUUAAUCGAGGAAAACUGGUCGACGGUGCCAUCUGAGGUACUGAGGUGUAUGCCAGGUGUAACAGGGAAGAACUACCACUACAUUUCCAACAAAGUGAAGUCUAUAAGGCACUUGGUCGAAUUGACAAACAAAGAAUUGAGAGACAUUAUGGGAGUUGAUCAAGGAAACGCGCUAUUUAAUUUUGUAAAUAAAAUUGUAAACAAGUGA